AUGGCCAUCAACAAGGUCCUUCUUGCCAACGUUGCCCUUGCAGCGGUGGCUUACGCAUCCCCUGCACCCCAACAACUUGAUUUCGCAGCCAUUGCUGCUGCUCCAACCGUAGCCAGCGGCCCAUCUGGCAUUGAUGCCGACGGAGGCGGCGAGCAGACCGCGACUCUUUACACCAGCUUCGCCGUUACUGCCGCUACAACGGCUCCUGUUGCUGCGUCCAAGACUGGUCUCGCCAAGCGUGAGGACGCUGCUGAGCUCUUUAAGCGCACUUUCAACCCAUGUUGCCCGAUUUAUGACCCUUGGUGCUUCGUGAGCCCCAACAAAUGCUCCGCGCCCACCAAGCCCGCACCCAAGCCUCAGCCUCCAAAGCCUACCGGCCCUCCAUCACCACCCAAGCCAACUACUCCCACCCAGGCACCGGCGCCUGCGGUGACAUCUUGCUCAUUCAGCGCCUACACUCCUUACUACGCCGCUCUGGCCACCGGAUAUACCACUGAUCCAGCCCUUGCUGCUACUUCCACCACUACGGCUAACCAGCCAUGUCCAACCACUCCCGAGGCCGGCACAUACUGCGGUUUCCUCAACCCCCUCGACCCUUGCGCACCACAGCCAGACGGUUACGGCCCUGUUCCCGAGCCUGACACUCCUGCUGCUUUCUUGGCGUACAGCAAGUUACACUCGUCUGCUCAGGCUGCGCCCACUGUCAUCCCUUCCACAAACAACAAGCAAUACACCCAGGUCUUCAAGGACCUUAACGGCGCCACUUCUGCCCAAUCUUACCUUGGUCUUUACACUCUCAAGACUUACGAUGUGAACGAGUGCGCCGCUCACUGCGACUGCACCGAUCUUUGCACGGCGUUCAACAUCUACGCCGAGCGUGAUCCCUCGCUGAACCCUACCAACAACGAUUCCACCUACGACCCUGGCUACCCAACCGUCUGGGGACAGAGCUGCCCCAACCCUCCCUCGCAGACCAGCUUCAAGUGCACUCUCUGGGGAAGCUCCAUUGACAAGACCUCCGCAACCAACACUGGCUACACAAAGGAGCAGUUCCAGGUCGUCAUCACCGCAUCCGACGGAUACGACAAGACCAAUGUCACCGUUCCAGAGACUCCACCAAAGUGCCAAACCCCACCGCCAAAGGACACCAACUGCUACGGCAACGCCAUCAACUCGCCCAAGCACUGGCUCGGAGCCAAGUUUUUCCCUGGCCCUUUCAACGCCCUCAUCUGCAGCAAGUACGCGCUUGAGCAGAAGGCCAUCAACAUUGCCGCCAACGCGUUGCAAGUUCCCCAGAUGUUCAACGCUUACUAUUUACACAAGAACGGCAAGCCACACGGAACUUACUGCUCGCUUUACAACGACCACAUCGGGUGUGACGCCGCCGACUACCACGGUGGCCACUCCGGCCCCGAUUUCUUCGAGUGCAAGCAGUCUUUCACUUGGUGGCUCUAG